GGUGCGUCCGCGGGUGGUGGCCCCGCAGGUGCGCGCGGCCGGGGCUGGCGGCGACUCCCUCCACCGGGCCGCCCGGGAGGCUCAUAUAGCGCGGCUGGGUCCCGCGGCGCCGGGAGCGGGGAAGUGAAAGUGCCUUGGAGCACGAGGGCCGGUCCGGCCGCGCGGCCGCCUCGCAGGUCCGCGGGCGCUCGGGGCGGGCGAGGCGGGUGGCUCCCUGAACCGAACCGAAUCGGCUCCUCGGGCCGCCGCCUCCCGCCCCUCCUCGCCCGCCGCCCGAGUUUUCUUUCGGUUUCUUCCAAGAUUCCUGACCGUCCAUCCACGGAGCUCGGGCCCAGUGCGGGGGCGCAAGGCGCGGGAGCUCCUCCUCCCGGGUUUUCCCUGUGGCCAGAGGCUGGCACGGCGCGGGCCGGGUACUGAGCGCACGGUCGGGGCGCAGCGGAGCCGGGGGGCGCCGCUGGCUCGCGCCUCCUCUCCGGCCGGGACCUGGCGUCGACGGCCGCCGUCUCCUCCGGUCCUUGGCGAAAGCCAUUGAGAAACCAGCCGGACGUCAUGCGCCGGAGCCUGUCUGGGAGUCAGAGCGAGGCGGCUCCAUCCCCGCAGACUCCGCGGAGCCCCGACAUGGGACAGGCCUUGGGGCCCGGGGCCCGCGCGCUCCUGCUGCUGCUCCUGCUGGCGUGCCUGCCUCCGCCAGGCAAUGGCAACGAGGGCACCGUCACUGGAAGCUGUCAUUGUGGUAAAAGAAUUUCUUCUGACUCCCCGCCAUCGGCUCAGUUCAUGAAUCGUCUCCGGAAACACCUGAGAGCUUACCAUCACUGUCUACACUACAUCAGGUUCCAGUUGCCUUCCUGGAGCGUGUGUGGGGGCAGUAAGGACCCAUGGGUUCGGGAAUUGAUGAGCUGUCUUGAUCUCAAAGAAUGUGGACAUGCUUACUUGGGGAGUGUGGCCCACCAGGAGCAUUUACCUCCUACCAGCACCCCCAUUUCUCAGGCCUCAGAGGGGGCAUCUUCAGACAUCCGCACCCCUACCCAGAUGCUCCUGUCCAUCUUGCAGUCAACCCAGCGCCCCACCCUCCCAGCAGGAUCACUGUCCUUGGACAAAGAGCUCACUCGUCCCAGUGAAACCACCAUUCCCACUGCGGGCCACAGUCUGGGAGUUGGGCUUGAGGCUGGGGAGAACCAGAAGCAGCUGAAAAAAAAUGCUGGUCCCACAGCCGGGACAUCAGCCACAGUGCCGGUCCUGUCCCUCCUGGCCAUCGUCUUCAUCCUCACCGCACUCCUUUCCUAUGUGCUGUGCAAGAGGAGGAGGGGGCAGUCACCGCAGUCCUCUCCAGAUUUGCAGCUUCAUUAUAUACCUGUGGCGUCUGACUCUAAUACCUGAGCCAAGAAUGGAACCUUGUACGGGCUGUACGUUGCCCAGGCUGUUAUGGAACUCCUGAGUCAAGUGAUCCUCCCACCUUGGCCUCCGAAAGUGUGUGGAUUAGAAGCGAUACCUACCAUAUUCAGCCUACACGUAUUUGUUAAUAUCUAACAUAGGACUAACCAGCCACUGCCCUCUCUUAGGCCCCUCAUUUAAAAAUGGUUAUACUAUAAAAUGUGCUUUUCAUACAGGGUAAUAAUAACUUGGACAAAUUC